ACGACAACGACAACGACAGCAGCGGUUAACGCCUUUGUUGAUGCCAAGGUGCGCGAGGCGCCGAAGACGACGCGACGAAGUCAAGAGUAGUAAAGGGUGAACGCACGGACAGCAGCCGGAUUAUCACUCGCGGGGGCGACUGCGGACGAUAGCUCGCGAAUAAUAGUGGGACUGGAGCAGUGAGAGCGCCGACGGCGAAACGGAAACAAACAUGGCGGCGAAUCUCGAGGAGCAGCAGUGCUUGCGCGAGUGCACCGAGUACAUGCAGCGUUCCAAUAUCAUGCCGGUCAUGAAGGAUUGCUUCGUCCAGCUCUGCGUCGACCAGCCUGAGAAUCCCGUUUCCUUCCUCAGGGAGUACUUCCAGAGGCUCGAGAGGCAAGCGCAAGAUGCGAAGCAACAGAUCGCGGCCAGUCCCGAGGAUACGGAGGACAUGCCCGCGGGUCAGCAAGGACCCCAGGUACCGCGACGACGAGGUGGCAUCUCCGCCGAGCCUGUCACCGAGGAAGACGCUACCAGCUAUGUGAAAAAGGUCGUUCCCAAGGAUUACAAGACAAUGGCAGCCCUCAGUAAGGCCAUCGCCAAGAAUGUGCUCUUUGCCCACCUAGACGAGAACGAACGAUCCGACAUUUUCGACGCGAUGUUCCCCGUCACGUUUCUCCCCGGCGAGGCUAUUAUACGCCAAGGCGACGAGGGUGACAACUUCUACGUUAUCGAUCAAGGCGAGGUCGAGAUCUUCGUUAGUGGCGAGCUCGUGACGACGAUCGGCGAGGGCGGAAGCUUCGGUGAACUCGCCCUUAUCUACGGGACGCCACGCGCUGCGACGGUCAGGGCCAAGACCGACGUCAAGCUCUGGGGCAUUGAUCGGGACUCGUAUCGCCGUAUCCUCAUGGGUUCGACCAUUAGGAAGCGCAAGAUGUACGAAGAGUUUCUCUCGAGAGUUUCCAUUUUAGAAUCGCUGGAAAAAUGGGAACGACUAACGGUAGCUGAUGCUUUGGAGCCCGUAGCUUUCGAAGACGGUGAAACGAUAGUUCGACAGGGUGAGCCUGGCGAGGACUUUUAUAUAAUCGUCGAGGGUACGGCAGUUGUCCUUCAGCAACGUACAGAAGCCGAGGAGCCCGCGGAAGUAGGUCGACUUGGGCCUUCCGAUUACUUUGGUGAAAUCGCCCUGCUGCUGGAUAGGCCAAGGGCUGCGACGGUGGUCGCUCGCGGGCCCCUCAAGUGCGUGAAGCUCGACAGGGCGCGUUUCGAGCGCGUCCUCGGUCCUUGCGCCGACAUCCUUAAGCGCAACAUCACUCAGUACAACAGCUUCGUCUCGCUCUCCGUAUAAUAUAGUCCGGGGCUCGAAGGGGCCGACCAUCGUCGGUGGACUCGCGGGACCAGCGCCCGAGUAACACUGACCGCGGCCUCUGACUACGCCACGUUGUUACAACUUUUUUUUAUUUAACCAAUAUUAUAAAUGAGCAUUAUAUAUAUA